AUGAUUCACAGGGACAUCUGGGGCCAGUUGGCAAAGAGCUGGAACUGCAUGAACUUGCCCCCGGACAAGGUGCAGCUGCUGAGCCAGUAUGACAAUGAGAAGAAGUGGGAGCUCAUUUGUGACCAGGAGCGGUUUCAAGUCAAGAACCCUCCCACAGCCUAUAUCCAGAAGCUGAAGAGCUACCUGGAAACCGGUGGGGUCGGCCGAAAGGUAGCAGCGGACUGGAUGUCUAACCUGGGGUUUAAGAGGCGAGUUCAGGAGUCCACGCAGGUGCUGCGGGAGCUGGAGAUCUCCCUGAGGACAAACCACAUUGGGUGGGUGGAAGAAUUCCUCAACGAGGAGAACCGCGGCCUGGAUGUGCUCCUCGAGUACCUGGCCUUUGCCCAGUGCUCUGUCACGUAUGACAUGGAGAGCACAGACAACGGGGUCCCCAGCUCAGAGAAGAGCAAGCCCCUGGAGCAGUCGGUGGAAGAUCUCAGCAAGGGUCCACCCUCGGCCUUGCCUCCUCAGCCCAAGAGUCGCCACCUGACCAUCAAGUGCCCCCCUUCUCCCCGCAUGCCAGGCCCCAGCCUAGGGGCCAAGGAAGCCUUCCUGCCCUCAGCUGACCUCUUUGCCAUUCUCCCCACCCAGGUGUGUGGGGAGCAGCACCGCUUUGAGAAGCUAAUGGAAUAUUUCCAGAAAGAAGACAGCAACAUCGACUUCAUGGUGGCCUGCAUGCAAUUCAUCAACAUCGUGGUACACUCUGUGGAGAACAUGAACUUCCGUGUCUUCCUGCAAUACGAGUUCACCCACCUGGGCUUGGACUUGUACUUGGAGAGGCUUCGGCUCACCGAGAGUGACAAGCUGCAGGUACAGAUCCAAGCAUACUUGGACAAUGUUUUUGAUGUGGGUGCGCUGCUGGAGGACACGGAGACCAAGAAUGCUGUGCUGGAGCACAUGGAGGAGCUGCAGGAGCAGGUGGCCCAGCUGACAGAAAGGCUUCGGGACGCGGAGAACGAAUCCAUGGCCAAGAUUGCCGAGCUGGAAAAGCAGCUAAGCCAGGCUCGAAAGGAGUUGGAGACCCUGCGGGAGCGCUUCAGCGAGUCGACCCCCAUGGGUGCCUCUAGGCGUCCUUCCGAGCCUGAGAAAGUGCCUACCCCCGUCCCUGCACGGCCUUCGGCCCUAGAGCUGAAGGUGGAGGAGCUGGAAGAGAAGGGGUUAAUCCGUAUCCUGCGGGGGCCCGGGGAUGCUGUCUCCAUCGAGAUCCUCCCGGUCGCUGUGGCAACUCCAAGCGGCAGUGACGCUCCGACUCCGACUCCUACUCCCACUCCCACUCCGGGAGUGCCCACCGGCUCACUCAGCCCAGGCUCAGAUCUCCCACCUGUGGCAGAACCAGAGCCUCUUGCCGGAGCAGCACCCCCACCUCGAGUAAAGGCCAAGAAACCCAUACAGACCAAGUUCAGAAUGCCACUCUUAAAUUGGGUGGCCCUGAAACCCAGCCAGAUCACAGGCACCGUCUUCACUGAGCUCAAUGAUGAGAAGGUGCUGCAGGAGCUAGACAUGAGUGACUUUGAGGAGCAGUUCAAGACUAAGUCCCAGGGUCCCAGCCUAGACCUCAGUGCCCUCAAGGGUAAGGCAGCCCAGAAGGCCCCCAGCAAGGCCACCCUCAUCGAGGCCAACCGGGCCAAGAACCUGGCCAUCACCUUGCGCAAGGGCAACCUGGGGGCUGAUCGCAUCUGCCAGGCCAUCGAGACGUACGACCUACAGGCCCUUGGCCUGGACUUCCUGGAGUUGCUGACCCGCUUUCUGCCCACGGAGUAUGAGCGUAGCCUCAUUGCCCGCUUUGAGCGGGAGCAGCGACCCAUGGAGGAGCUGUCGGAGGAGGAUCGCUUCAUGCUACGCUUCAGCCGCAUCCCGCGCCUGCCGGAGCGCAUGGCCACGCUCACCUUCCUGGGCAACUUUCCGGAUACUGUGCAGCUGCUCAUGCCGCAACUGAAUGCCAUAAUUGCAGCCUCAAUGUCCAUCAAGUCCUCUGACAAACUCCGGCAGAUCCUGGAGAUUGUCCUGGCCUUUGGUAACUACAUGAACAGCAGUAAGCGUGGAGCAGCCUACGGCUUCCGGCUCCAGAGUCUGGAUGUGCUGCUGGAGAUGAAGUCGACUGACCGCAAGCAGACGCUGCUGCACUACCUGGUGAAGGUCAUUGCUGAGAAGUACCCACAGCUCACAGGCUUCCACAGCGACCUGCACUUCCUGGACAAGGCAGGCUCAGUGUCCCUGGACAGUGUCCUAGGGGACGUGCGCUCCCUACAGCGAGGCCUAGAGUUGACCCAGAGAGAGUUUGUGCGGCAGGACAACUGCACGGUGCUCAAGGAGUUCCUGAAGACCAACUCCCCCAUCAUGGAUAAGCUGCUGGCAGACAGCAAGACUGCUCAGGAGGCCUACGAGUCUGUGGUGGAGUACUUCGGAGAGAACCCCAAGACCACAUCCCCCUCCAUGUUCUUUUCCCUCUUCAGCCGCUUCAUCAAGGCCUACAAGAAAGCUGAGCAGGAGGUGGAACAGUGGAAGAAAGAAGCGGCAGCCCAGGAGGCGGGCGCUGACGCCCCAGGCAGAGGGGAAGUCCCAGCAUCCAAGUCACCACCCAAGGCCCGGCGGCAGCAGAUGGACCUCAUCUCUGAGCUGAAGCGGAAGCAGCAGAAGGAGCCACUUAUCUAUGAGAGUGACCGCGAUGGGGCCAUUGAAGAUAUCAUCACAGAUCUGCGGAACCAGCCCUACAUCCGCACAGACACAGGCCGCAGAAGUGCUCGCCGGCGCCCCCCGGGACCCCCCCUGCAGGUCACCUCGGACCUCUCACUGUAG